AUGCAUUCAAUUAAAAUAUAAUUAAGUGAUGAACCAGAGUUAUCAGGAGUAUGCUGGGCUUUGUUAUAAGCAUUCACUGAGAAUUCUAGAGUAUUACGACAUUGUUCAGGAGGAGGCAAUUAAACAUAAACACAGAAUAAUUUUGGGGAUCAUUAGUUAGAGUCUGAUAUCUAGUGCGAAGUUAAUAUCAAUAAGGAAUUAGAGAAAUGUGGAUUUGUGAGUCAUAGUGCAAACGAAGAGAGUCCUUAAGUAAUAAUAAUUAAUAUUAUUUAGAUGAAAUAACUAUGUGAAGGAGGUAGAUAUAUUGUCACAUUCGAUCCUUUGGAUGGAAGCUCCAUUAUAGGCACAAAUUUUACAGUUGGUACCAUAGCGGGUAUUUGGAAAUCAGACGAUAGUCUAUUAAUAGGAAAGAGAGGAAGAGAUCUAAUAUCUGCUUGUUGUUGUUUGUAUGGGAGUAGAACAACUGUUAUAAUUUAUAAUUAAAGAGAAGAUAAAGUUUAAGAAUACACUUUAUUUGGUAUAUUUUAAUGAAUAAUAUAUUUAGAUAGUGAUAAAUAAGGACAUUGGGAAUUAACAAAAGAAAACAUUAAAAUUAAAUAGAAAGGAAAUAUCUUUAGUCCUGGGAACCUACGAAGCAUAAUCAAUCAUAAUGCUUAUAGAGAAGUACUUGAGUACUAUUUUCAUAAUGGAUACACUUUAAGAUAUACAGGUGGAAUGGCACCAGAUAUCUGUUAAAUAUUCUUGAAAGAAAUUGGAGUUUUUUCUCUUUUUGGUGAUGAUAAGAAUCCUUGCAAAUUAAGAUAUUUGUAUGAAUGUGCUCCAUUAGCAUUUUUAAUCGAAAAGGCAGAUGGAAAAUCAUUCAAUGGUUAGUCUUCCAUAUUAGAUACAGUUAUUAAUGGAUAUGAACAAAAGAGUGAAAUUGCUGUUGGAAGUGCUGAGGAUAUUGAAUUCUUUAUAUAAAUUUGGAAAAAGCAUGGAUUAUUGAAAUUUUGA